UCGUCACUCGCCGUACACUCUUAUUUUGAAAGUGCAAUGUCACGCAUGCGCAGUUUAUGUUGUGUGAAGCUCCAUGCAGUUGCAGCAUGUUUCCGAGUCUUCGUUCCUGUCACUGUACAUGAUUUGACAUUUACUGUGAUCCCGUGUGUUGACAAGCAGUAAGACAGCAGCAGUCAUGAACCCCAGUCCCACCCCGGGCUCUCCUGCACCCCAGACUCUCACCGGCAGCCUGCAGAGACUCUUCAGUCAUGUGAAAAUUGAGAAUUUAGUGGCUGGACUCAGUGGAGGGGUUGUGUCCACACUGGUGCUACAUCCCCUGGAUCUGGUCAAAAUCAGGUUCGCAGUAAGUGAUGGGCUAGAAUUGAGACCUAAAUACAGUGGGAUUCUAAACUGUCUGAGGAGCGUCUGGCACCAGGAGGGUCUGCGAGGACUUUACCAAGGCGUAACUCCCAAUAUCUGGGGUGCUGGAGCCUCAUGGGGGCUUUAUUUUUUCUUCUACAAUGCAAUAAAAGCAUACAAUAAAGAGGGCAGAAAGACGGAGCUGAGCAUGGGAGAACAUCUGAUGUCGGCCGCUACAGCAGGGGCCAUGACGCUUUUUCUGACCAACCCGAUCUGGGUGACCAAAACUCGCCUCGUCCUGCAAUAUAACACAGAUCAGAAGCAAUACAAAGGAAUGAUGGACGCUCUUGUAAAAAUCUACACCCAUGAAGGCAUCGCUGGACUCUAUCGGGGCUUCGUCCCGGGUUUGUUUGGAACCUCCCAUGGUGCACUGCAGUUCAUGGCAUAUGAAGAACUGAAGCGAGAUUACAACAAAUACAGAAAGAUGCAAUCAGAUGCUAAACUGAACCCAUUAGAAUAUAUUACUAUGGCGGCUUUGUCUAAAGUAUUUGCCGUGGCUACGACGUACCCCUAUCAGGUCGUCCGGGCCCGUCUGCAAGAUCAGCACAAUAAAUAUGACGGAGUAUUAGAUGUUAUUGGGAGAACAUGGAGAAACGAGGGCCUCUCAGGGUUCUAUAAAGGGAUGGUUCCCAACCUGAUCCGAGUCACACCAGCCUGCUGCAUAACCUUUGUGGUCUAUGAGAACGUUUCCCGCUACCUUUUGGAUCAGUGAGAAUGGACGCAAAUGCACAUAGGGACCGGAGCUGGGACGGAUCGUCCUGUUGGAGGCUGCGUCGACAGAAAGAAGUGAAAUCGAGCGGGUCAUCUCCUGGAACAGUAGUGACGCCAGAGAGUCUUGUCGAACAGAAGUCACUACUCCUGAAACUGGUUCUUUAAAAGUAAACCCUUCAGAAGAGGUGACAUCACAAAUGAAUACUGAUGUCACAAUACAGUACAAGUGAUGGAAGGAUGUAAUGUGACUCUAUACUGUACAUUUAUAUGUGGCUGUAAGUUACACUGAAAAAGGUAAUUUGUUUUAUUUAAUAAAAAAGAAAAAACGA